AUGCAGGCAAUGGAUCCUCAAGCCAUGGCAGACGGCGUCCAUCAUCAAGCCUACGACGGGGGCCUCGCAAUGCAAGUCGUCUCAGAGGAAUCGGAACCUCCUGAAUCCCAACAGCCCUACAGCCCCCUCAACAUCCACGAUCUGCUGCCGAUCGAGGCUGCGCGCGUGCGCUUCCUGCACCUGAUCAUCGACCACUUUGUGACGUACCACAUCGUCCCCAUCUCUGAGGAAUCACAGCUCGCAGCAUCGCACUCCCCAGGGGAGAGGAGGAAGCGCAGAGCGAGAGAGAUGGAGGACGGGCAGCCGCCAGUGGAGCAGCAGGUGAUCCGGCCGUCAUACGAGGGGGACCCGCGGCAUCUGCUGCCGCUCAUCUUCCUGGCGAACGCGUAUGAGACGCUGGUGGGCGAGGUGAACGGGCGCAUGGCGGAGAUGGACGUGCUGCGCGGCAAGACCAUGGGGCUCGCGCUUGAGGCUGCUGGAGGAUUGUAUCGCCGCAUGGUCGAGAAAUUCCCCAAGUCCGGAGCCGUGACCAUAUUCAGGCGAAGGGAGAUGGCGUCUGCACUGGAGGCUAGGGCGCGCUUCCCCCAGCUGGUGCUGGGGCGGGACGACAAGCGCGUGCGGUUCAUUGUGGUGCACGGGCUGGAGCUCGUGGAACGACCCUCCACCAUGUCACCUGACGAUGCUGAGUGGUUCAAGAGGAUAACCGGGCGGCAUGAGGUGGCAAUAUACCCGCGGGACUUCAAGUACUUCACGCCGCGGCCCAAACCCCGGAGGGUGCCUCAGCCGUCCGUGUCUGCUGUUUCUGUGGCGAACCCGGCUGAACUCGCUGCUCCCAUGCACCACAUGGCUAUGCAGGGGGGGAUGCCUGGGCACCAGCAGAUGGGGCCGGGAGGGGGAAUGCCUCUGGGCCAUCUCCCCCAGGGGCCUGGGGGUCCAUUGGGGCACCUGCAGGGGGGGGAGGGGCAGCAAGGCAUGGGGCCGGGGGGGCAUGUGCCUCCGCAUUUGCCGAGGGGGUUGCUGCCUUCUGGGUCGCACCACCUGGCCAUGGUUCUCACCCCGGAGGGGGAGGGGCAGCAGGGCACGGGGCCGGGGGGGGCAUGUGCCUCUGCAUUUGCCGAGGGGGUUGUUGCCUUCUGGGUCGCAUCACCUGGCCAUGGUUCUCACCCCGGUAAGUGCAUUGAGGUUGGGAUUCUGACCACUAAUGGUUGUGUCUGUAUGGAGUAUGUCUCCAAAUGGUAA